AUGCCUCAUCGUCACACUACCACUAGAACAACUACCACCCGCCGCCACCACGGCGGCUUGUUUGGCCGCGCGCAGCCAGUGCAUCACCAGAAGCCUGUACACCACCAGAAGCGCCAUGCGACGCUUGGUGACAAAGUCAGCGGCGCAUUGUUAAAGCUCAAGGGCACUAUCACGCACAGGCCGGGGCAAAAGGCUGCUGGCACCCGCCGAAUGCACGGCACAGACGGUCGAGGAAGCCGUCGUUCCAGGCUCUCGUCACAUCGCAAGUACCGUUACUAA